ACGCUUCCAUUGCUAGAAACGGAGCUCCGCGCGUUCUCGCGGACUAACGGUGUAACUAAUACCUCCCUCAAUCCUGCAUGUCUUUCAUUGUUUCCAUGGCCACCGUAGUAAUUGGAUUGCUCACACUGCUACCUUGGCUUCAUCUACCAGGCACCCACUUCGCCCUUUCUUCCUUUGCUUCUCACCAACCCACUAUUUGCUUUUCCCUUGCGACGAUGGAUUGCAUAGCGAAAGGACACUUUGGAAUUGCUGAAGUCUGUGCGGUUCUGGAUGUGCGUGGGAAUCUUCGGUCAACAUGAAUAUGGAACUGAAUAUCUGUGAAGAGAGUGAGUAAGAAAAAAUUGGAUCGGAAGCUUGGAUAGAGUUUUUUUUUUUUUUUUUUUUUUUUUUUUUUUCUUGUGGAUUGUAGAGGAAGGUCGCCAUGGCAGGUGUGUUGCGGCAACGAUUAGGAGCAUUCGAAAGAGGGUUUGAUCCAUCGUCCUUGCGGUGUCCCGUGUACCCGCCUUUCGGCAUGGGCAAGCGGUUCAUGGGUGGACAUGGAGUUGAUGAUGCUGAGGAGACAUUCCAAUGGAGGAACAUCACAAUUGCAGCUGUAAUGGGAUGUAUGGGGACGGUUUUCAAUACAUUCUCUGGUGAAGAGCACCACCAUCCUGAAGAUAGACCGGCAUACUCCUACUUGCGCAUUCGCAACAAAGCAUUUCCCUGGGGUACGUCUUUCAUUCUGCUGACCCAGCUUAUGUGGUUGAUGGAAGCGUCUGUAAAAUGCAAGAACGGUUUGAAUGCAAUGGGUUUCUACGCAAAGUCAUAACACAUGACGGCAAGAUCCGUGCAGGGCCCAACGGAUUAUUCGAGUCGGAUGAUUGAGGAUUAAGUCUACAAGCCUCCCCAACAAACUGCACCCAAAUAUCCAACCAACAUGCUCCAUGUAGCUGUAUUCGCUGAUGAGAUUCACCAAGUUCAUCAACCAAUAUUCACUAACAUUCACUGCUCGUCUUCCUAUGGGAAAUAUAGUUGUCAACUGAGCGGGAUUUCCAGGCAUGCAGUAUGCUUGCCAUUAGUGCACGGAAACAGCAAUGGUCCAUUAAACUCAAGUAUCUCAAAUGAUGAGAAUUAAUAAGAGGAAUGAUUCACUCGCAUCUAUGUCUUCGAAUUCAGAGAAGAUAUAGACACCUGGAGUGGCGAUGGAUGUCAUAAUCCAGGAGUGUAACGAACCAUCCUAGUUGUAGCUGCUUAGCAUCUCACAAAUGCAGUAACUAACAAAAUACAUUCAGAACUACGAUAAUGGAAGAAAAAGAAAUAUGAAUUUUCUUUUGCGUCUAAUUUUAUUUGUAUUUGUUUUACUCUUACAAACCUUUUAAGAAAAUUUAUUGGACUCUAAAUAAUUUCUUCCUUGACAAA